AUGUACAGAAUCCCAAAGAGCUCAGGGAGUAUCUAUUCAACAGAAGACUCUAAUGAAGCAAGCAAUGGCUGUAACAAUGACACCUCAGACUCUGACACCCAACAGCUUUUGGAGAGUUUGUCCCAAGGAAAAAAAUCACCUUGCAGCUGUACCAACAGCCACCCUCUCUUCUCUCAUAAAGGGAAAAAUGUUCAGUGUCCAUGCCCACCCAAGAAAAGUAUCACUAGACUCAUCUGUAAUUUGAUAGGGCUGAGCCUAAUGACUCCAUUUUGCUUAGUGAAAAGAGUCUGCAGCACUUUAUCAAGGGCGAGCUCUGCUCAGAAAGUUGUGUGUUGGGUGACCCUGUUCCUAUUGUUUUUUGGUGCUACCUACAUGGGACUAUUUGAUGGAAAUAAAUUUCAGAUUUUUGGAGAAGAAUGGAGGGACUUCUCUAUUUGUGAUCUCAUCCAGGGUGAAACACAAGAUCUGAGAUCCCUAAUCAAGGCAAAUAACAUCUUGGAAAGAAAAGCACUUGAAAUUGCACCUCUGAAGGAGCAGGUGAAUAAGUUACAAUUGCGUCUUCAUGAUGUGAGAUCUGGUAUGAAGGACAUUGCCCAUCAUGCUGUCAGUAAAGUACUGGAAGGAUAUACUAGCAAAGGCAUUACAAGAUGGAGUAUUGAAAAGAUGCUUAAAAAACUAAUGGAAAAGCUGGAUGAAGAUGACGUUCAAAUGCCCGACUAUGCCCUCAAAUCAGCAGGUAUUAGGAACGGUUGUGCCAACAUUGUUCUGUCCAGAACUACUAGAAGCUACCGCCAUGAUGGAGGAAAAUACUUCUGGAUGUCAUUCGUUAUGCUUCCUUUUGUGAGGUCUCCGGAUGUAAUUCUUGAGCCCAAUUACCACCCUGGAAACUGCUGGUCUUUCCCUGGGAAUCAAGGUGAAGCUGUUGUCAGGCUAGCCAAGGAAAUUAUUCCAACAUCUGUUACAAUAGAGCAUAUUUCUAAGAAGGUCUCCCCAACAGGAGAGAUUUCUAGCGCUCCCAAAGACUUUGCCAUUUAUGGACUAAAAGAGGAAAAGGAGGAGCAGGGAACUUUCUUAGGCCAGUUUCUUUAUGACACUGAAGGAGAUUUAAUCCAAACAUUCCAACUGAAGAAUGAAUCUGCUGAAUCUAUGAGUCAUGUGAAACUGAAAGUGCUAAGCAAUUGGGGCCACCCAAACUACACCUGCAUUUAUCGCUUCAGGGUGCAUGGAAAUCUACAGUACAUCUAA